AUGGGGAAGAUAGUUAUCUUUGCAUGGUUACUUGUGCUUGUCACUGCGACCUUACCGGCAGUGAAUAGUAAAUAUUACUCCAAAACACAAACAUUUGACGCACCAGCCACCCUAAAAAAGACCCAUCUCCAUUUCUUCUUUCAUGACACAGUUUAUGGCGCCAACAAAAAACCUUCUUCGAUCCUUGUAGCGAAACCAAAGAAAGUGGUAGUCCAAGAAGGCAAUAUAGGCCCAUUUGGAGCAGUUUACGUGUUCGAUGACCCACUCACGGUGGGACCCGACCCAAAAUCAGAAGUUAUUGGUAACGGACGUGGGAUGUACGCUUCCGUUAGCCGAGGAUCAGACCCUACCUUGUUGUUCAAUGGUGAUUUAGAGUUUACGAGUGGUGAGUUUAAUGGGAGUUCCGUAAGUUUGUUUUCGAGGGAUCCGAUAUUUGGGGUGAAAGAGGUGGCAGUCGUUGGCGGCCGAGGCAAGUUCAGGAUGGCUAAAGGGUUUGCUUUGCUUAAUACCAUUUUCUUUAAUGUUACAAGUGGUGAUGCCAUUCUUGAAUUCCAUGUCACCGUUAUAUAUUACUAG